UCCCUUAGAAGCAGCGUGCUUGGAAUUGGAGUUAGCCAGGAGACCAGUGCAAAAGAGGAAUGGCAACACCAUGUGACUAGUGGAGGCUCCAAGCUCGCAGCUGGGGAGAGGGCCUUGAAGGAAGUCCUGGAGAGACAGCACGCUCCACUUGGGAAGCCUGGGGAGUCACUGGGCUCGCUCCCUUCUUCCACAAGCUGGACCAUGGACCAGUACAACAUCCUGGGCCGAAUAGGUGAAGGGGCCCAUGGCAUCAUCUUGAAGGCCAAGCAUGUAGAGACGGGGGAGACAGUGGCUCUAAAGAAGGUUGCCUUGCGGCGGCUGGAGGAUGGGAUCCCCAACCAGGCCCUGCGGGAGAUCAAGGCUCUCCAGGAGAUUGAGGACAACCAGUAUGUGGUGAAGUUGAAGGCUGUGUUCCCGCAUGGAGCAGGCUUCGUCCUGGCUUUUGAGUUCAUGCUUUCUGACCUGUCUGAGGUCAUCCGGCAUGGGAAGUGGCCUCUGGCCCCAGCUCAGGUUAAAGCGUACAUGCAAAUGCUGCUCAAGGGUGUAGCCUUCUGCCACGCCAACAACAUUGUACACCGGGACCUGAAGCCAGCUAACCUGCUCAUUAGCUCCUCGGGCCAACUGAAGAUUGCAGACUUUGGCCUAGCCCGAGUCUUCUCCCAUGAGGGUGACCGACUCUAUAGCCACCAGGUGGCCACUAGGUGGUAUCGGGCUCCAGAGCUUCUCUAUGGUGCCAGGCAGUACGAUGAGGGUGUGGACCUGUGGGCUGUGGGCUGCAUCCUCGGUGAGCUCCUGAAUGGCUCCCCUCUCUUUCCUGGUGAGAAUGACAUUGAACAGCUCUGCUGUGUUCUCCGGGUCCUUGGGACACCCAGCCCCCAGGUGUGGCCGGAGAUAACUGAACUCCCAGAUUACAACAAGAUCUCAUUCAAGGAGCAGCUGCCCCUGCCCCUGGAUGAGGUGCUGCCCGAUGCUUCUCCCCAAGCCCUACGGCUCCUUAGCAGCUUUCUGAUCUAUCCCCCUCGCCAUCGGAUCCCGGCUGAUCAGGCCCUGCUACAUGAGUACUUCUUCAGAACCCCGCUGCCAGCCCACCCCUCAGAGCUGCCCAUUCCACAGCGUGGGGGGGGGCCCGGCUCCAAGGCCCGACCAGGUCCUCCUCAUGUCCACGACUUCAGGGUAGAGCAGCCCCUGGCUGAGUCGUUGCCAGAUCCGGAGUUGAUUCGGCCCUACCUCCCGGAGGGAUGAGCCUCCCACUGCCCUGGCCUCCACCCAGCUCUGCCUGGCCCCAAGAGAUUGCCUUAUCUGGGCACUCCCAGCUGCUCCCCCUGGCCUUCCUGCGGCCAGGGUGGGAGGGGACUCAGGCGUCCGGCUUCCCUCCCUCUGGAGGUUCAGGAGAACAGACUUCUAACCUUGGCUGUGCCUCAGUUUCCCUAAUAACAAUAAACACUACCUUGGACUCCAAAGGCAGGGUCAAUGGGAAUAUUCAGAGUGACUGGAAGUGGGAAGGAGGCCUCAGUUUUCCCAGCUGUGAGCUGGGCUUGAUGAUUCCCACCUGUCCUGCCCUCCCUCAGAGCAGAGGGACCAAGGUGUUACUUUUUUUUUUUGGGGGGGGAGAAGAAGAUAUGAAUUUCCCUGUCACACAGGGGCAGAAAGCAGGGGGUGAGGGGUAUAGACAGGGCCAGGGAGGCCCCAGUAUCCGCUCUCUUCUUUCCCCCAACCUCCUGUGGGGCUGCUAGUUGCCUCAACCCCAACAACCGAGGUCCGGCCCUCCAUCUGAUAAGACUUAUCAGCAGGCCCCAGCCUUGGCCCAGCAGGGAGCUGGUGUAAGUGGGGGUGGGGGGAGGAAGGGAGGGUGUCCCUCAUCUUCCCUGACAUCUUAGUUUGGGUAUCUACCCCAGUGUAUCCUAGGCCCUCUUCCCAGGACCUAAUGGGAGACACCUCCCCCACAAAACAAAACAAAACCAAAAAAAAAAACUAAGGGAGAGUGGGGAUGACAGAGAGAGAAAUGGAGAGAUAGUGGAAGGGUUACAUAUGAGAUCCAGGACUAAGGAGAAAUUGAGACCAGGCAUCCCUGAGGGGCCAGAGAAGGGAAAGGAAAAGCCCCAGGUCCAGGGCUUGGAGGGACAGUGCUCUAAAGGAAUGGAGACUGAGACCCUGAGGGAAAGGAAGCUAAAGGUGGGGCCGAGGUAAGGGACCAGGAGAGAAAUGCAUGGAGAACCAGGGUCUUGGUUGGCUGCUGCCAUGGCUGUUGGCCAGUGGGGGAGGUCUGUGAUGGGCGGGCGAGGAAGGUGUCCCCAGUCAUCUAAGCCAUGCUCGGGCACUGGUGCCAGCAGGGGGCGGUCCCAAGGCUGGGCCCCAUCUCCCCC